GCGGACCUCGGGCCCGAGAGGACGGAAGGCGGGACCUUGCAAGCAGACGGCGUCCAGAGAUCUCCGGGCUUCAGAGGACGAGCGGAAACGCCUCCAGUUUUCAAAACAAAGAGGAGAAGCGGGAGGCGUGUGAGGCGCGCAGGGCUCAGAUUGGUCCCUCCCGCCCGGUCGCUUCAGCAUCAUUGGGUGACAAUGGAGGGGAGCCCGGGAAUCGGCGGGCGCUCGGGGUCUCCGAAGAUCCCGCCGGCCAUGGAGGAGCUGCAGAGCCGCUUGCAGGAGACCCUGGACCUUCUGUCCUCGCAGGAGCUGCGCAGCUUCCGCGACCACCUCAAGAAGGUGGAGCCGCGCGUGAGCCAGGUGAAGCUGGAGCUGGAGGGCCGCAGCCCGUCGGGGCUGGCCAGGCUCCUCGCCAAGCAGUACUACCCACCGGCCGCCGCCAAGCGCGUCCUCGUCCAGGUGCUGGAGCAGCUGCCCCGCGCUGACCUGCUGCCGCGCUGGCAGAGCGCCGCCGCUGACGGCCCGGUGAUUCCACGAAAGAUUCCAAAGAGAAGCUAUGACUGUGUGGAAGGUGAAUUGGACCGUUAUGACCUGAGUGGCAGGCGGAAGGCCUUCCUCAUGUGUGUGACGAGAGACAGGCUGGGCGCUCACCAGGAUGUCCUACUGAUGGAGGACUGGCUUGGCCAGUGCCAGUUCGAAAAUACGUUGUGCAUCGAUCCCGACAAAAUGGAGUUACUUGGAAAAAUAACAUCAUUUCGAGAUGGACUAAAUGAAAUUAAAGAUGACAUUGGCUGUUGCCUUGUUGCUCUUAUGUCCCACGGAGAAGAAGGCUUUAUCAAAAUGAAAGAUGGUGAAAAAGUCAGCCUGGAAGGCAUUUUUGAAAUGUUUAACAAUAAGAAUUGUCCAGCACUUCAAGAGAAACCAAAAAUCUUUAUAAUCCAGGCCUGCAGAGGAGAGAGAAGAGACAGCGGUGUUGAAACGGAUGAUGAACCCAUGGACUCGGAUGAUGGAUCAGAGAAGAAGAGGCUGCCUACAUUCAGUGAUUAUUUCAUCAUCUAUCCCACCCAGGCAGCUGUGCCACGUGGCUCAUGGGAUCUUAGUUCCCCGACUAGGGAUUGAACCUGGGUCCUCGGCAGUGAGAGUGCUGAGUCCUAACCACUAUACUGCCAGGGAAUUACUGAAAAUCUUUUUUAAAAAUAUUAUCUGUACUUUACAGAUUGAUGUACAUAAGGAGAAAUUUUCAUUAACCUAUCCAUCUUCAACUGUUCCACUUUCAGAGAUGGCAAGUUUGCAUCUGACUGUUCAUCUCUUCCAGGAAGAUGCCAUCCUUUUAGCAAAGUAUCACAUAGUAAAUAAGAUCAUCGGCUCUCAUGUGAAAAAGAUCUUGGUCCAAAGCCAGCUCUGCCACUUGCUGUCUUUGAGACCUUCAAUAUUUCUUAGCCUCUAGAUAUGUCAGUUUCUUUAUGCAAAAGAAGAAUGAUAAAAUAUACUUGUGUCAUUGGGAUGUUAUAUAAAUUAAAUUAUGUAGUGCAGGUAUUGUGCUUAUCAUAAUAACUGGCAUAAUAAGGUAAAAAAGAAAUUAAUAUUAUUACUAAUAUAUUAUGCUGAUUACGUUAUUAUCCUUAUUAUUACUAUACUAUUAAUAUUAAUAGGUUAAAAUCCAAAAGAAUCUUGUGUGCUGAAGGGGUGAACUUGAUUCAGUUGUGAAAGGGAAAUAGGAAAAUGUAGAGAAGAUAGGAAUAAAUGGUCAAGGGCAUUUAUUUAGCUGUUUUUAUCUUGACUUUCUCCAAAAAGGAUUAAAAUAGCUUAUGUGUGUGUAUAUACACAUAUACACACGUAUGUGUGUGUGUGUGUGUGUGUGUGUGUGUGUAUAUAUAUAUAUAUAUAUAUAUAUAUGCAAUUCAAGAUAAAAUGUUAGGGAAGAAAUGGAAGCAGAGGAAACUAAGGACAAUAAUAUAAAAUGAAAAUAUCCCCAUUAAAGUUAGAUGUAACUUUAUUCAUCCAAGAGAGAUGAAAGCAUAUGUCCUGGGACUUCCCUGGUGGUCCAACAGUUAAGACUCCGUGCUCCCAAUGCAGGGGGCCCGGGUUCGAUCCCUAGUCGGGGAACGAGAUCCUGCGUGCAUGCUGCAACUAAGAAGCCUGCAUGCUGCAACAAAGAUCCUGAGUGCCAAAACUGAGACCUGGCACAGCCAAAAAUAAAUAAAUAUAUAAUAAAUAAAUAAGUAUUAAAAAAAAAGAAAGCAAGCAUAUGUCCUGAUAGACACUUGUAACAGCAAGUGCAAGCAGGUUUAUUUGAAAUAGUCAAAGACUGGAGACAACCCAAAUGAUCAACAGGUGAAAGAAUAAACAAAUCGUGGUAUAUCAUACAUGGAAUACUACUCAGCAAUAAAAGAAAUGAGCUCCUGAUGCAUGCUACAGCAUAGAUGAAGCUCAGAAUAAUCCUGCUGACUGACAGAAGUGAGACAGAAUAAAGCAGAUACUGUGUGGUUCCAUGCAUAUAAAAUUCUAGAAAAUGCAAACCAGUCUAUAAGAGAGCAAAUCAGUUGUGUUUGGAGAUGGGAGUGGAGAGGGAAGGAAGGAUUACAGAGGGGCAUGAGGACAUUGGAGGGGGCUGACUGGAUUCAUUAUCUUGGUUGUAAUGGUUUCACGGAAGUAUACAUAUGUCAAAACGUAUUAAAUUGUUUGCUUAAAAUAUGUGCAGGACUUCCUUGGUGGUCCAGUGGUUAAGAAUCCAUGCUUCCAAUGCAGGGGUCAUGGGUUCAAUCCCUGGUCAGGGAACUGAGAUCCCACAUGCCGCGUGGUGCUGCCAAAAAAAUAUAUAUAUGCAGAUGCUUGUCAAUGAUCAAUCAUACUUUAAUAAAGCUGUAAAUUUUUUAAAAAGUUAGAUGUAAGACAAGCAUGCCCACUCUCACUCCUACUGUUUGACAUGGCAUGGGUAGUCCUAGCUAAUUCAUUAAGAUAAGAAAAGAUGUAAGGAUCAAUAUUGUAGAAAUCAAUAGUUUUGAAUAUCUAGCAGUAAUCACUUAAACAUAUAAUAGAAAAGAAAAAAGAUACCAUGUUAUUUUUUCUUGCUUUAGUGAAUGAUGUCUAGGAAUGACUAACAAAAGAUGAGCAAGAACUUUAUUAGAGAAAAUGAGAGAACAUUCCGGAAAGGCAUAAAGAAAGACCUGAAUCAAUGGUGGGAAAUACCAUGCUCAUGGUUGAGAUUUUCAAUACCAUGGAGAUGACCUUUUUUUCCCCAAAUGAGUUUAUAAAUUGAAUUCUACGUGUUUUUUCAUGGAAUUUGACAAACUAAUCACAAAAUUAUUAUGGAACAGUUAAGGGUCAAGACGAGGAAUCUUGAGCUCCAACUUUGCUGAAUGAAUGAAUUUCAUGACUAUAUGCUGGCUAUUUCUGUUGAGCACUAGAGAUUCAGUAUUGAGCACAAGAACUAAAAAUCUCUGCCUCCAUGGAGCUUAUGUUCUAGGGGAGGAGACGACAGUAAGCACAUACAGAAAACAGAUCCUGGGUUGCUUUAUGAUUCCAUGUCUAUGAAGUUCAAAAACAGGCAAAACUAAUCUAUGGUGGAUGGUAGAAGUCCGGGUGCUGCUUGUCCUCAGGGUGCACAGUGUUUGGAGUGGUUAUGACCAGAGCAGCAAGAGGGGACUUCUGGAGUACUGGUAUCAUCGUGUUUCUUGAUGAGGGUGCCAGGUAUGGGGGUGUGUUCAUUUUAUGAAAAUUUAUUGAGCUAUUAUAUACCCAUAUGCUUUGCAUACUUUUCUGUAUGAUGGUUACCCUUCAGUGAAAAGCUUACCAAAUAAAAUGUUAGAUGGUGAUAAGUGCUAUGGAGAAAAGUAAUACAGGAACCGGGGAGAGAGAGUAUUGAGGGGUAGAAGUGGAGAUUAUAAUUUUUUUGUUUGUUUUUUUUUUUUGGCUGCAUUGGAUCUUCGUUGCUAAGCACAGGCUUUCUCUAGUUGUGGCAAGCAGGGGCUACUCUGUUGCGGUGCGUGGGCUUCUUAUUGCUGUGGCUUCACUUGUGGAGCACUGGCUCUAGGGUGUGCAGGCUCCAGUAGUUGUGGCUCACGGGCUCUGGAGCUCAGGCUCAGUAGUUGUGGUGCACGCGCACGGGCUUAGUUGCUCUGAGGCAGGUGGGAUCUUCCUGGACCAGGGAUCUAACCCAUGUCUCCUGCAUUGGCAGGUGGAUUCUUAACCACUGCGCCACCAGGGAAGUCCCGGGACUGUGGUUUUAAAAAGAGAUGUGUAGAGAUGUUUCCACUGAGAAGGUGAUUAUUGUGUAGAAUUGAAGGCCAUGAGAGUGUGAGCUAUGCAGAUAUUUGAGAAAAUGUGUCAUCUAAGAUAUGAAUACUUAGUAGAAAGCAAUAACAAAAACUCUAUCAGCUGGUACACAGACAAACAGAUCAUUGGAAUAGCAUAAAGAAUGUAGAGGUAGACCCAAAUAUAUAGGGAAAUGAGACACAUGACAAAGAAGCCAUUGCUAAUCAAUGGUGAAAGGAUGGACCGUUUAAUAAGUAAUGGGAAAACUGGCUUCUCAACGGGAGAAAAGCAAGUUUAUUUUCUUUU